AUGAGAGCACUCAAGGAGAACACUUGCACUGACAAUCUCAUGAAAAUAAGGGGAGAUCAGGAGAAGCUUGUGCAGUUUAAAGAAGAAAGGACUCUCAUACUUGAGUCAGCUAAGUUCCCAGUUCAUAAGUGGCAAUCCAAUGUAAAACCUCUUAAGAGUGAAAACAUGCCAAACCCAGGCAAGAGUCUUAGACACACUUGGAGCAAAGAUGAUGAAACACUGGAGCUACUUACAAAGUCCUUUCCACAGAAGCAGCCUGUGACUAAGCGACUAUCCUUAGUUACUUAG